AUGUUACGCAAAAGACAAGCGGAACUUAUACAAAAAAUCAUCAAUUUGAACGAACCAUUAUCAACAUCUGGUCAAAAGACAGCUGUUAAAUGGAAAGUUCUCAUCUAUGAUGAACGUGGACUCUGCAUUUUGUCAACUUUAUUAAAAGUUGCCAGUUUAAUGGAUUUAGGCGUUACCUACCACGGCUUAAUAACUAGUAAGAGGGAUCCUAUUCCAGAUAUCUCAGCAGUUUACUUAGUUGAGCCAACUCCAGAAAAUUGCGCAAUUAUUUCAAAUGAUAUUCAAAACAGUUUAUACGAUUCAGUAUACAUUAACUUCAUUUCUAAAAUUUCCGAAGAAAGCCUUCGAAAUCUUGCAGAACAAGUUGCCCAAAAUUCAGAUGGUCGAUGUGUCAGAGCUGUAUUUGAUCAAUACGUCGACUUCUCAUCUCCAGAUCCAGGACUCUUUACAUUAUUCGAAAACAGGUCAUGCAUGAAGGACAUUUACUCGUUUAAAGCUCAAGAUACAGCUGAACAAGCAUUUCGAGACAUUGCAUCCGGCUUGGUAUCAGUCUUUCUUACAGAAGGUCAGAUACCACACGUUCUAUACCAAAAUGGCGAAGCAAGUGCGAGCGAAUAUGUUUAUCAAUUAUUCAGCCAGCAGAUCAAGCCACUUUCAGGCAAUUUCGAAUUAUGGGAGAGCAGAAAGAACAAAUCCGCCAAAACACCGUUAUUAAUCCUUCUAGAUCGUACAGUUGAUUUAGCAUCUGGUCUCCAUCACUCCAGACUCUACCAAUCUCUUGCAAACGAUGUAUUCGGCAUUACAAGGAACGCAAUCAAGGUUGGAAAAGAAACUUUCGACUUAGAUACAGGAAUCGACCAAUUUUGGGCCGAAAACAGACUUUCCAACACAGGAGAAGUCAUGAAUACAGUUUCCAAGAACGUGAAGGACUUUGAGAGCAAAUACAAUGGAAUCCAGGACAAUAUAAACGAAACAAUUUCAGAUCUCCAAAAUUUGCAACAUUUAAGGACAUCUUUAGCCGCACACACAAAGAUCUGCCAAGCAUUAGUCGAAGCAGCAACACAGGAUAAAAUUAUCGACAUGAGCGAUGUCGAAGAAUCAAUUUUGUCUCAAAAUGGAGUUGACAUCAGAAAAGUGACAGAAAUUUUGAAUUCCAUCACAAAAAUUGAGGACAAACAACGUGUUGCCGCCAUUGCAUAUUUGUAUGGUGCACAGCUUGACGCACUUGAGCAGAUUGCAGGUCCAAUGCCAUUCCUCGAGCAGCUGAAACAGUUCAGAGCUUCGAAUCAAUCUUCUCAAUCUGUUUUGGGAAAGUUUUUGAGAAAAGUCGCGAGCGGAAGCGGUGAAAUUGAGGAGAAAGUUCCUGUUGUGUCCAGAACGAGGUACUUACUCGAGGACUCCAUUGACGGCUACACUCUGAAGAAUCCAGUCACAGGAGAUGUCAAUGAGAAACAGUUGCAAAUUGGAGAUGUCUUUGUUUUCGUUGUUGGACCAGGAAACUACAUCGAAUACGCCGGUCUGAUGACAAUGGCGAACAAGAGGAAGUCUGAGGGACUCGAGAUAUCUUACGGCUGCACUUGCAUGCAGAGACCUAACGAGUUCUUGAAGGAUUUGAUUCAAUUGUCUGAAUAA